CUGUGACUAAGUGCAAGAGUAUUUAGGUAUCAUUUAAUGAAGCACUGGUCCACAGAUCAGCAGAUCCCACAGGAACAGAUGAUAGGCUGGUGAAUUACAGUAUACCCAGCAGAAGACACCACGACCGGGAACUUUCCUUUUUAGCCCACCAUGGAGCCGGCAUGCCGUAAGGACAAGCAAAAACAGAAGGAGACCCCAACCCGUGGAGACAGAGCCAAACAGAAAACUGCUCAGCAGGAAGUAAAACAAAGGCAGAGAGCCGAGAUCUAUGCACUGAACAAAGUUAUGACAGAACUGGAACAACAGCAGUUUGAGGCCUUCUGUAAGCAGAUGCAGACACCCGCAGAGUGAGAGAUGUGCCUACAAAUAACUUCUCUGCCAAAGAAGACAGCACCUAACUUCUCAGCCUUUGUAGAGAUACAAUCAGGCCUGGUGUUACAACAUUUCAUUAAUGUUGUAACCACAUAUUUUUACGUCCCUAAUCUGUGUGAUAAUCAUUUUCUGUUCUCACUGUUGACCCUUAAAACCUAAUAGUAUAAUGCACUAAUAGCUGGAGUAUUUAGAGCACCCAGAGAGCAUUCCUUAUUUACUCCCCAGUAUUUUGAAGGAGAGGCUAAUGAGGGGCUUUGGCCCAGACAUAACAAAGCUAUUUUUUUUUUUUUGGUGACAGACUUAUAAGAACUACCUUUAUUACAUGUUUAAACGGUCCACUUUUUGUAGAAAAGCUUUAGGUGCAGCUUUAGAAACAUGGACACAAUAAACAACAGCAUUUGUUGACAUCACUACAAUCAACUUAGUAUUGUAGUUACACUAUUGAUAGGACAAUCCUGUUACAUGUUAAUCUUAUCGGUUUAAGUUGUACUUUCAGAAUAUCCCUCUCUUUUGCGAUCACUUCUGUUAUGAUGGUGCUUAUUCUUCAUAAUGACCUUCAGUUUAGAUUUUAAUGAGAUUUGUUUUGAUAUCAGUAUGGUUUUUUUUUUAAGCUUCAGUGAUCUCCGUAAACCUUCAGAGCCUCCAAACAUAUCAUUCCUUACUAUUCACCUAACACAGCUCUUUCUCCUUUUUCAUUUUGUCACUGUACAGCUGGUGCACAUGACAGUUUGACAGGAUAUAUGCCAGCGACUAUAUGACCAGACAUCACCUCUGUACAUUCAUUCACUUUCUCCUCUACAGUACUGGACCAUUUAAAAUGACAUGUUAUGAACCGUUAUGUUGUGGUUGUAGUGUUACCAUGUUUACAUUAUUGCUGAAAUCAAACAAUGGUAAACAAGUGAAAUCAUCAGACUGAAACGAGUCACUCAUAAGAUGAUAAGCGUUUAUACCAAUGUCCUUGCAAGCGUUAUAUUAUAUUCACGUUUCUUUGAUUUUGUUGAAUAAACUAGUUAUAUCACAAAGAGUUUACUUGAAAGUACUAAUUUGUGACAGAAGUUAUGUUUGCA